AUGCCUUCUGUGAUUUCAUACAUAGUGGGUGACGAAGUAAAAUGGUCUCAUUACCUAACUCAGGAACGUUUCCACGAACAGAUUGCACAGAACCCCGCACAGCCAUCUACACGGAAACCACGGGGAUCUAAAUGCAGAGCUCCGACCUUGGCAUUGCCUGGUGAAGAGCUGUGCCUUGUUUGUGGUGACAAGGCAUCAGGUUAUCACUACAAUGCACUGACUUGCGAAGGAUGUAAAGGUAGAGAUGUAACUCAAGAACCACAUAAUUAA